AUGAAUGAAUGUUUUUGUACUCUGCAGAAAGUUGCUCAAUAUUCGGUAAAAAGACGGGAGUUUGCACAAUCAACUAUUGACUUUUUACGCCAAAAUAACUUCGAUGGUAUGGUUUUACAAUGGGAUUAUCCGGUGGAGCUAUCUCUCGAGCAUUCUGCUCUUGUCAGGGCAUUAAUAAAAGCAUUUGCGAACGAAAAUCAAUCAAAUAACAAGAAUCGGUUAAUUUUUACAGUGGCAGGAUCAGUAAAGAAGCAAUCGAUUGACGCUAGCUAUGCAGCGAUUGACGCAAGCUAUGCAGCUAAUUCCUUUAACAAAAAUACAGAUUUGCUCUUUUUGCUUGCUUACGAUUUCCACAAUGGUUUAGAGCAGACAACUGACUUACCUUCCAAACUAUACUCAUCUCAAAAAGAUGCUGUCGAUAAUGUUGCAUUCGCAGCUAAUUAUUGGGUAAGUAAAGGUAUGCCAAAAGACAAAAUAGUCAUCGGACUCUCAGGCUUUGCUACAGGAUGGACUUUAGCAGAUGCUUCACAAGCAAACAUCGGAGCUAGAGCCAGUGGCCCUUCACCACCACUAGCAGAGGGAAAUAGCGAAGGUGGCAAAACUGCAUAUUGGAAAAUUUGUGAUUAUCUAAAUGCAAAUGCAAAAGAAACAGUGGACAAAGAACAUGUUGGUGCAUAUUUAACUGAAGGAAAUAGAUGGUAUGGUUAUGAUAAUCCAGAAACCAUUAAAAUAAAGGUAAAAUGGCUGAAAGAACAAGGAUUUGCUGGUGCAUUCUUAUCUAGUCUAGAUGCAGAUGACUUCAGAGGAACGAGCUGCGGUGUCGGUGUGUAUCCACUGUUGACUACUAUUAAAAAAGCUCUUGAGACAGACGAUCAGCAGGGAACAGAAUAUUCCACCGUAACAACAACUCUUCUUCCAACCACUUCGCAAAUUGAUUUAACUGUCGCAUCUCAAAUCAAUACAAGUGAUAAUGAGGGAAAGCAUGUACAAGAUGGCACUGAUAGAAAACAUAAUCAUGUUCGAGCGUGCUACUUCGACGGUUCAGCUCAGAAUAUACUCGGAAGUAGUGGCUCAUUGGCAGUAUCAGACAUCCCUGCUGGACUUUGUACUCAUAUACUUUAUUCUUCUGCAUCAAUUGAUGAAGAAGGCAAAUCUAUGUGAGU